AUUUAUUUAUAUUUAUUUAUUUAUUUAUUUAUAUUUAUUUAUAUUUAUUUUUAUUUAUUUUUAUAUUUAUUAUAUUUAUUUAUUAUAUAUUUUUUUUCCACCCGCCCACCUCAGCUUUGUCAUUUCCGCUAUCACUGGGCUCGCCAGGCUCCCCCAUAACUUAUCUGAGCACAAUGGGACCAGUGAGAAUGUAUUACUGUCCCGUCAUAAAAUAUUUGACUGCAGAAAGCAAGAUAAAUGAUUGGCCACGUUGGUAUGAUUGAUCACGCGCUAUUCCAAGACGAGAAAUUCAUUUGAAUUCUCGACGGUCGCGCAACAACGAAUUCGGUUCUCAAACUAGAUGAAGGCAGGCUGAUGAUUGAGAUAUUGAGCCAUAUACCACGGUUGACUGACAAAGCCACGGCUGUUUCAUAUGCUCGUUUGGUGGACAUUAGGUUCUAGGUCCCUCCGCGCGCUCACAUACGCGGUAUGCUAGCAUGAAAGCGAGGCGCUUGUUUUGAAGACACCAUGGUCAACCAGAGAAAAAAGCUCUUGUAAACAGCUGAAUUCUCAGCUGAAUUUCCUCCUUCAUUUCUAAAACCACAUCGAACAAUGUGUGAAGCACAUUCACAAGGCAACAUGUAUGAACUGUAUUUGCACUGUUUGGUGAGAUUCGAGAAGAAAUAUGGGUAAAACCGCUCGGCAAAUUUUUACAUUUCGAAGAUGGCAUCAGCAGAAGUUGGAUUUUUCGUGAACUUCACGGCGGGAUAUGACAGGGACUCACACUUAUUCCUUCAAUUCGGUAAGUCAAGUUUGUUGUAUUUGACUAUUUAGCUUACCAAUAUGAUGUUUCUACAGGUGUACCAUUUUUUUAAAAGUAAAUUUGUCUUACCUAGGAAUCCCGACAUUUAGCCUAAUUGAUAAUCGAAGGAAGCGAACUCCGCUUCGACAUUCCACAGCAUUUGUUUUAUUGUUUCAAGGGUUUCUUUUCAAGCGGAUAAAUUUUGGUAUGCUUCUUUUAUGAAACUCUAACAACUGUUUCCACAGUGUCAUCACCUGGAAUUAUUUACUUACUUUUGACAAGCGUGAAAUAUCUGUGUAAGUUAUUUUCCAUUUUUUGGCCAAUAUUUUUUUGGUUAUCUAUUUUCCCGCCUUUUUACGACACGCGCGUGGUACAUCCGGCAAUUUUUAUUUCGUCGUGAUACUAAAGGAAAAUGGAGGACGAAACCCAAUUAUAUGAGAGGGUUGAUGAGGAGGAGGAGAAGAGGAAGUUGAGGGAGAGGAGGGAGAAGACGCUAAGGCUAAACGCACAUAUUUGGCGGGCAGAGGCAGAAAGAAAGAGAAGGAUGACAGCAGAAUUUAAGAAGAAAAAAAAGAUGGAGAAUGGAAUUUCGUAUGUGGAUUUGACUGAAGAGGAGGAGAGCGCAGAGAAGGAGAAAGCUCUGAGGAGGAAACAGGAAUUAGAAGAAAGACUAAAAAGGGAGAAAGAGAAGAAAAUGAUGAAGAAGAGAAAGUUUUCACUUUAAUUUAUGUUUCAAUGUUUACAAUUUGUAUUCUUUACAAUAUGUACAUUAUUUAUUUAUUAUUUACGUUAAUUAUUGUGUGACUACAGAAAAAGGCUUAUUUACAUUAGCAAUGUUUUACUUACAUUUGUACAAGUAUUAAUAUAUUGUUUUUUACUUACAUUUGUACAAUAGUAUUAAUAUAUUGUUAUGUCAUAUUGUGUAAACAAUAUUCAAAACGAUUAAAUUCAAAUAUAUAAUGGUUUACUCAGGAAAGAAGGUACUGGAGAGUUUUAAGAAAAUCUUGAUUUCUAGUUGUGACAUUGUUGCAUGUCCCUAUUCUUCUAUGCAUUUGCGUUGUUUUCGGACUGGGACAUAUGAUCUGUUUUCUGGAUGGCAUCGUCUGUGGUGCUCCUCCAUUACCCAUUUAACACGAUUGCUCCUAUUUCUCACACCAGCGUAAUCAGCACUCAGCUUGUUGAACUGGUGGUGCACAGACUCAAUCCCUUGCUCACCCAGUAACCCAAAUCCUGUGUUGUACAUCUUGACCCAGGUAAUAACAUGGUCCUCGAGGAUGUGCAUUUUAGGAAUGAUUGAGGACUGUGGAAAGGUGGCGCGAUAAAAACUCAUGAAAUAUUUGAUGUCUUGGUCUAAAAA